AUGAGAAUAAAUCCUACUACUUCGGAUCCAGCGGUUUCAAUACGUGAAAAAAACAACCUGGGACGUAUUGCCCAAAUCAUUGGUCCGGUACUGGAUGUAGCCUUCCCCCCGGGCAAGAUGCCUAAUAUUUACAAUGCUCUGGUGGUUAAGGGUCGAGAUACGCUUGGUCAAGAAAUUAAUGUGACUUGUGAAGUACAGCAAUUAUUAGGAAACAACCGAGUUAGAGCUGUAGCUAUGAGCGCGACCGAGGGUUUAAAGAGAGGGAUGGACGUGGUUGAUAUGGGAAAUCCUCUAAGUGUUCCAGUCGGCGGAGCGACUCUAGGACGAAUUUUCAAUGUACUUGGGGAACCUGUUGAUAAUUUAGGUCCUGUCGAUACUAGCACAACAUCUCCUAUCCAUAAAUCCGCGCCUGCUUUUAUACAAUUAGAUACAAAAUUAUCUAUUUUUGAAACAGGAAUUAAAGUAGUAGAUCUUUUGGCCCCUUAUCGUCGUGGGGGGAAAAUCGGACUAUUCGGUGGGGCUGGCGUGGGUAAAACAGUACUAAUUAUGGAAUUGAUCAACAACAUUGCCAAAGCUCAUGGUGGUGUAUCCGUAUUUGGUGGAGUAGGCGAACGAACUCGUGAAGGAAAUGAUCUUUACAAGGAAAUGAAAGAAUCUGGAGUCAUUAAUGAACUAAACCUUGCGGAAUCCAAAGUAGCCCUAGUCUACGGUCAGAUGAAUGAACCGCCGGGAGCUCGUAUGAGAGUUGGUCUGACUGCCUUAACUAUGGCAGAAUAUUUCCGAGAUGUUAAUAAGCAAGACGUACUUCUAUUUAUCGACAAUAUCUUCCGUUUUGUACAAGCAGGAUCCGAGGUAUCCGCUUUAUUGGGUAGAAUGCCUUCUGCUGUGGGUUACCAACCCACCCUUAGUACCGAAAUGGGUACUUUACAAGAAAGAAUUACUUCUACGAAAAAAGGGUCCAUAACCUCUAUUCAAGCAGUUUAUGUACCUGCAGACGAUUUGACUGACCCUGCUCCUGCCACCACAUUUGCACAUUUAGAUGCGACUACCGUACUAUCAAGAGGAUUAGCUGCUAAAGGUAUCUAUCCAGCGGUAGAUCCUUUAGAUUCAACGUCAACUAUGCUACAACCUCGAAUCGUUGGCGAGGAACAUUAUGAAACUGCGCAACAAGUUAAGCAAACUUUACAACGUUACAAGGAGCUUCAGGACAUUAUAGCUAUCCUGGGGUUGGACGAAUUAUCCGAAGAGGAUCGCUUAACCGUCGCAAGAGCACGAAAGAUUGAGCGUUUCUUAUCACAACCUUUUUUCGUAGCAGAAGUAUUUACAGGUUCUCCGGGAAAAUAUGUUGGUCUAGCGGAAACAAUUAGAGGGUUUAAAUUGAUCCUUUCCGGAGAAUUUGAUUCUCUUCCUGAACAGGCCUUUUACUUAGUGGGUAACAUCGAUGAAGCUACUGCGAAGGCUACGAACUUAGAAAUGGAGAAAGUAAAAGAAAUCAUUUUAUCUACUAAUAGUGGACAAAUUGGCGUAUUACCAAAUCACGCGCCGAUUGCCACAGCUGUUGAUAUAGGUAUUUUGAAAAUACGCCUUAAUAACCAAUGGUUAACAAUGGCUCUGAUGGGCGGUUUUGCUAGAAUAGGCAAUAAUGAAAUUACUAUUUUAGUAAAUGAUGCAGAGAAGAAUAGUGACAUUGAUCCACAAGAAGCUCAGCAAACUCUUGAAAUAGCAGAAGCGAACUUGAGAAAAGCUGAAGGCAAGAGACAAACAAUUGAGGCAAAUCUAGCUCUCAGACGGGCUCGGACACGCGUCGAGGCUCUCAAUAUGAUUUGA